AUGAAAGCUCAAACGUUCCAGAGCCCCAAUAACCAAAAUUGGAUGGAUGGGCAGAGACAAGGUGGUUGUAGAAUCGAUAAAGCCUCAUCUUCUUUGAAGCAGAGGAGAAGCAGUAAGACUUAUUUUCAGCAAUGUUUUCAAGGGGGAGUUGCAAGGGUUGGGGAACACUCGAGCUUUGAAGCAUUCAUGGAUAGUAUGGAUAUUCUCUAUGAGAGGAGGAGACGUCUGUUCUUUAUAGUUCUCCCUGUUCUCUAGCUGCAUGCAUAUUGGUUGCAUCAUAUGUUAUUAUAGUUCCCAAACAGAGGUGGGAAUUUCCUGUUCGUCAAUGGGGUACAAAUCAGUGGAAACUCUGAAACAGCUUUGGAAGGCUCACCUCCAAAGACUAAAGACAAAAAAUCCAAUAAUCUUUCAAAAAAAGAAUAUGUAGUUGUGACUCAAGACUUUAUGAUGAUUGUUAUGUAAUUAUUUUCUUUUGAGUGGGUAUCAUUGUGUAGUUGCAAUGACAAUUUGAAAUUGUGAUCAUAACUUUUUUUGUUCAUUUGUAUUUUUUGAUGAUGAUACGU